UCGUUGUCGAGUGUCGACUCGCCUUCUGGUUUCCUUCCCUCUCUUCCGAGCACCCGUCGCAGUUCCGCAUCGCCUCCCCCCACCGCUCCUGAUCAAAACCCUAGUCCUAGGAGGACCUAGGGCCUCGCCUGCGGCGCGUGCGCGUUCCCCGGGGAGCUUGCACGCGAUCUCCUCGUGGAGGGGAGGAGGCGGGAGGCGAUGGGUGGGGCGGUCUCCGUCAGUGCCGAGGCGGCGGGGGAGUACCCGGUGGUGCUGAACGUGUACGACCUCACGCCGCUGAACAACUACGUCCACUGGUGCGGGCUCGGCAUCUUCCACUCCGCCGUCGAAGUCCAUGGGUUGGAGUACAGCUUUGGAGCUCAUGAUCAUCCAACAAGUGGUGUUUUUGAGGUGGAGCCGAAGAGCUGCCCGGGCUUCUUGUAUCGAUCUACGAUUUUCAUAGGCCGUACAACUCUACAUCCCUUGGAAUUUCGAGAGUUCAUUCAGAGAAUGGCAUCGGAAUAUCAUGGGGAUACUUACCACCUUAUAUCCAAGAACUGUAACCACUUUACAGAUGAUCUUAGCACCAGAUUGACAGGAAAGCCUAUUCCUGGUUGGGUUAACCGGCUUGCUAAGCUAGGUGCCUUCUGCAACUGUCUUCUACCAGAAAGUAUGCGGUUGGAGUCGACUGAGACAAAGAACCUUGCAGACUGUCAUUUUUCAGAUGGAUCCACCACAACCAGCAACGAGCAGUUGGAAUAUGAUGAUCUUGAAGACAAACACCUGCUUUCACAAUCUUCUCUUGGUCAUGAUGCAAUUGUAAAGGAAGUCCACAGGUGAAGUUUACUGAAGCCAUACAGAAUAGUUCAGUGUGCAGUGUAUUAUUCAUUUUGUACAUUGUAAUUCUGUGUUAAAAAAAAUGUAAUGUGCCCUUCCUAUUGUAUUUGAAUAUUUAUAUACUGCCACUGGCUUGUUCGGUGUCAUGAAUGUGUUUGUUCAUUCCACUCGUAUAAUAUUGUAACCGUGCUACCCUCCCUAGGUAGUCUGAGAUUCAGAGCCCAUGCAUGAUCUUAAUUCAUUACUACUCCUGUAAAUGUAAUUCAAAACGUGGGCCUUGCUUCAAUUGAUUCCUUUUCUUUUGAAAUAA